UUUAGAUUGUAUCAUAACCGCUUACUAAAUAAUUAACGUUUGAGAUUAAAAAUAGUGGUUUCUCCACUAUUUUUUUGUAGUUGAGAGGAUCCAAAUCCCUCUUUCUCUCCUCUUCACAACAAGAAAAGAAAACCAAGUGAUCUCUCUCAUUACAAGUUUACAACCAAGCCAUGAGCUCCUCUCUCUUCUCUCUCUCCAACAACACUCUCUCAAUCAGUGGCUUCACUCUCCUCACUCAAGUCCCCAGCAACCUCACUCUCUCCUCCUCCUCCUCAGCAUGCAAGUCCUCUCAAGCCCCUCUUCACCUCUUCCUCGAAGCCCAAUCCCAACCCCUCAAUGGCUGCUUCUUGGGCUUUUCUCAGACCAAUCAAGCCCAUCUCCUCAAAAACCCACUCGGCCAUUUCACCAGCAUCCCCUUCUUGAGCAUCUUCAGGUUCAAAAUCUGGAUGUCGUCGAUGUGGGUCGGGUCCAAAGCCUCCGAAAUCCAGCCGGAGACCCAAUGGGUCCUCUUCCACCUCCACGAGCUCAACCUGUACGCGAUCCUCGUCCCUUUGAUCGAAGGCCCGUUCAGGUCGGCCUUGCACCCGGGCCCGGAUGAUCGGGUUUGGAUCUGGGCCGAGAGCGGGUCCACCCGUGUGAGGGCUUCGGGGUUCAAGGCCAUUGCCUACGUGCAUGUUGGUGAUAACCCUUUUAAUGUCAUGAAUGAGGCAUUUGCUUCUGUCAGGGUUCACCUUGAUACUUGUAGGCUUUUGGAAGAGAAGACGGUUCCGCCGGUGGUCGAGAGGUUUGGAUGGUGUACUUGGGAUGCAUUUUAUCUCUCCGUCGAGCCCAAAGGAAUUUGGUAUGGGGUUAAGGAGUUUUAUGAUAACGGGCUUCGGGUGCGGUUUUUGGUUAUCGAUGAUGGUUGGCAGAGUAUUGAGUUUGAUGAUGGGAGUGAAGAGAAGCUUAUUUUGGGUGGGCAGCAGAUGUUAGGGAGACUGUGCAGGUUCGAGGAAUGCGAAAAAUUCCGGAAGUAUAGAGCCGGGUCUUUGUUAGACCCGAAUCCACCAGAGUUCGACCCCAUAAGGUUGAAGAACGUGAUCUCUAAGGCACUUGAGAAGGAAGACCUUGAGAAAGAACACGACAAGGCGAUUAAGGCUAAAGAUAAGCUGGGUUUAGAUUUGGCGAGUGUCAAGGCGAGGGUAGAGGGUUUAAAGAUUGAGCUUGAUCAAAUGUACACCGAGGAAGAAGAUGACGAAUUCAAGAUCAUUGAGGAGAACGACAAACAAUGCGCAUGCAAGUUUGGAUUGAGAGCUUUUACAAAGGAUUUGAGGACAAAGUUUCCGGAUUUGGAGGAUAUUUAUGUGUGGCAAGCUCUUUGUGGAGCUUGGGGAGGAGUUAAGCCUAAAGCUACAGGGUUUAAUUCCGAAGUUGUGGAUGCAAAGCUUUCGGAGGGUUUAUAUGGCACGAUGGAUGAUUUGGCGGCGAAUAAGAUGGUCGAAUCAGGGAUUGGCUUGGUCAGUCCAAAUCAAGCUGAGGAGUUUUAUGAUGCUAUGCAUUCUUACCUUUCAGAGAGCGGGCUCACUGGCGUCAAGGUGGACGAUAUGCAUACCCUUGAAUGCAUUUGUGAAGAAUACGGAGGACGAGUAGAGCUAGCAAAGACCUAUUACAAAGGAUUGAGCAAGUCCCUUGUUAAAAAUUUCAACAACACAGGGCUAGUUUGCAGUAUGCAGCAAUGCAAUGACUUCUUCUUUCUUGGCACUCAGCAGAUAUCUUUUGGGAGAGUAGGCGACGACUUUUGGUUUCACGAUCCAAACGGGGACCCAACAGGUGCCUAUUGGCUACAAGGAGUUCACAUGAUCCAUUGUGCCUACAACAGUCUAUGGAUCUGCCAGUUCAUACAUCCGGACUGGGACAUGUUCCGAUCCGAUCACUGCUGCGCGAAAUUCCAUGCAGGAUCGAGAUCCAUCUGCGGUGGGCCCAUUUAUGUCAGCGACGCGGUCGGGUUCCAUGACUUUGAUCUCAUCAAGAAGCUUGUGUUCCCUGAUGGA